GCAGGGCUUGAAAGAGGAUGCAUUCAAAAAGGUCGUGAACUCCUAUCCUCAGUUUCUCAGAACUGAGAAUAGGACUUACAGUGAGGUUUAUGAUGACUCAGGCCCUGAUUCGAAGUAUCGCAGUGGCAAGGAGCGCAUGGUGCGUGUCCUGCAGCUGACACAGAGAUACAAGUACGGCGACGAUAAGGAUGAAGAUGAGCUCGAGGACAUGAAGGAUGUAGCCAGUCUCGUGCAGGACAAGGCAAACCUAGUGUUGGAGCAUGCCAUCCUCCACCAGAUAUGGAAGUUGGUGGAUGCCGCGGGACCGGACGGCAUGUCGCAGAACGAUGUCGGACAGAUCUGUGGCCUGGGCAAGCUGGAGGCGCGCAGCGUGUGCCGAUACUUGGAGCGCAUGCGUGUCGUCAAGGCACUGAUGAGGGAUGAGGGACGCCAGCGAGUGUCCAGAUACGUGUCGAGAAACCACGAGAAAUCCAGUGAGCUGAGCACACGCUUUGAGCAGGAGAAGCUGAGGUGCCUGGAGCUAAAGAAGCAGCUGCCGGCAAGUGUAACUGCGAGUCCGUGUAUGACCCCUGUGGCCUCGGCACCCGCCUCCCCUGCACACACUAGCAGCGAUGGGGUCGUGAAAACAGAACCUAGUGGAGAUCUGAGCAUGGAUGCCUCGGUCGUAGAAACGGAAGAGGCACCUUUACUCGAUGAACCGAAACAGCUGCUCGGCAGCAACAGUAAACGCAUCUUCACGCACGCGAAGAAGGACAGUGUGCACAUCACCUACCGGCUGCUGAAGAGAGCCAACAUCAUCGUAGAGGCCGUCCGCCAGGCUCAGCUCAUCGAGAAUCUCUUCAUACUGCAGAAGCUGAUAAUGGAGGAAGAACUGAAGGAGGGUUACACCUGUAAAGUAGACAAGAAGUCGAUGUAUCGCAUCAUCAACCGUCUCGUCGCCGACGGAUCAAUCAAGUCCUACAAGACGCAGCUGCGCAUGGGCAACCGUGUGAAGAUGGGUGGUGGGGACGAGGAUGGUGACGACCGUGCGCUGCUGCUGCUGGGAGCGCUCGUGAAGCAUGGUGGCGGCCGCGCGAUGGAGGGUUGUCGCUGCGUGGUGUAA